AUGUCCACCGGCCAGCGGGUGGAUAAACCAAAUGUGCUAAUCGUAGCUGUUGAACAAGAAGAAAUCCCCAGACUUAAGGCCCUAUAUGAGAGAGGCCUACAAAAUGGUGUUCAAGGCUUGAGGCUGAUCCAGCAGGAGGAUAUAAGAAAGAAGGAGCCAUAUUGCAGGGGUCUAUUGGCCAUUGAUUGUCCAUAUACUGGCAUUGUGGACUAUCGGCAGGUAGCGUUGUCAUUUGCCCAGGAUUUCCAAGAAGCAGGUGGCUCUGUUUUGACUGAUUUUGAAGUAAAAGAUAUUAAAAUGGCUGACGGAAGUAAAAAUGGGAUGAAGUAUCCAAUUGUUAUAAAGAAUACAAAGGGAGAGGAAAUUCAAUGUCAGUAUGUUGUGACAUGUGCAGGACUCUACUCAGACCGUAUUUCAGAGUUGAGUGGCUGUAAUCCGGAUCCUCACAUUAUACCAUUCCGGGGAGAUUACCUGCUUUUGAAACCAGAAAAAUGCUAUCUUGUAAAAGGAAAUAUUUAUCCGGUCCCAGAUAGCCGGUUUCCUUUCCUAGGAGUUCACUUCACACCAAGGAUGGAUGGCAGUAUUUGGCUAGGGCCUAAUGCAGUACUUGCCUUUAAACGGGAAGGUUACAGACCUUUUGACUUCAGUGCCAGUGAUGUUACAGAUAUAAUUAUCAAUAGUGGCUUUUUAAAAUUGGUGUUUCAGAAUUUCUUCUAUGGAGUUAAUGAAAUGUAUAAAGCCUGUUGUCUUGGUGCAACAGUGAAGCACCUUCAAAAGUUUAUCCCUGAAAUUACUGUCAGUGAUAUACUUAGAGGUCCAGCUGGAGUCAGAGCACAAGCUGUAGAUAAAGGUGGAAAUCUAGUGGAUGAUUUCGUAUUUGAUGGAGGAGUUGGGGAUGCUGGAAAUCGCAUUCUUCAUGUGAGAAAUGCACCUUCCCCUGCUGCCACUUCUUCCCUUGCAAUUUCUAAAAUGAUUGUAGAUGAAAUGCAGCAAAGAUUUGAAUUGUAAAUAAUGAAUGAACCUAGGUAUGCAUUAUAAUCUCCACAUCAGCAACAAGAAUGUACUAAUGUCAUUCUCUAAUUAUAACUUGCGAAAAUGGUUUUAAACUCUCACUUUGAGGCAAAAAAAUAACCACUGAAUUAUUGAUAUGAUGUAACAUGGAAAUAAUUUUUUAAAAUUAAAGUCCAUACUUUGUGAAUGAAGAAGCAAGUAUAGUUGUGUCUGCCCUAAAUCCCUGACUUUCUUGAUGAUCUCUCCUUACCAACCAUGGUCCAGAGAACAUUUGGUUCUUUUUAUUAGAGUUUUGGGGAAGGAAAGAUGGCAUAAAAAUUGAUUAUUUCCUUAAAUCACUGUUUUGAGUUUAUAAUAUCUAAGUUUUUUUGUCUUUCCUGGACAAGAAAAUAUACUACAACACACUAUAUGUUGUGAACAUUCUUUUAAUUUUGCAAAGUCAUAGAGAAGCCGACAUUAUUUAGAGUGACAUUUAUAUUUGGAAAUUAAAAAUUUUUGAUUUUAAGAAAAUACAUGAAAUUUCACAUUUUUAAGUAGUUUUAAAGAAACUCAAAGACUUUAUUACUUCCAGUCUUUUUAUAAAUCUCUUUAUAACAUGUGGUAUGGUAUCAUCACUACCCCUAAACCGCAGUAUACUAUGUGUGGUUGUUGCCUGCUCUACAGUCUUCUGGGGUUGAGAAACUAAAGCAUCCAGAGCUGGCAGGUUUUUACAAGAGCAGUUUUAGCAUCCUGACAUUGACUGUAAUAUUAAACAAUUAUUAUCUCACAUCUCUGUCUUUUAGUCAUGCUAACAUUCUUAAAACACUGGCCAAGAUCACUAAUGAUUCAUACCUAUUUGGCUUUUCAGGAUUUCUAUACACUUUUGUGAGGAUAUUUCUCCAUUUUUGGUAAAUAUCAAACUUUGAGGCAUUCACUUUUGUAAACCGCGAAAGUGCCUUACAUUCAUGUGUACAUCAUGAGCCUGUUAAGUUGGUGUCCAGUACCAUACUGUGUACUGUAUAUAUGGGUAUAUGGUUUAUCUGAUGAAAUGCAUCUAUAGGUAAGAAAGUUGGAAAAUAGAAAUGUAAAUGAAAAUGUGACCACCUGACCAGAAAAACAGAACACCAUUUAGGUGAGACAUUUUCAUCCAUUCUCUCACACGCUUUCUCAGGAUUAAUCUUCCACUCUUCUUUUUUUCUUUUUUUUACCUCUCCAAAGCUGUGUAAUGUAUAAGUGGGAAGGAUGUGCCUGUUGGUUGAUAGGAAAAACUUCUGUUUUCUUCCUUUUCCCUCAUGUCAGCCCUUGGUGAUUACAUUGAUUAAGCUACCUCGUCCAUUACUUUGAAGGAUACAUAUUGUCAGCUUCAGUUCAAGAAGCAGCCCAACCCAGGUAAAUACACUAGGCCAUUACUCAGCACUUGGGAUGAGCAUACUGAAAGCACUCUGAAAUCAUACAGAAGAAACAAGCUCUAAGGGUUCUUCACAACUGAUUCCUGCAGGAAAUGCCCCAUACAGGAUAGUCUUCUGUUCUGUUACAAGACUGCUAAGAAAUGGAAAGUAUUACAGUUCUUUAUUUCAUCAACAGUAAGACUGCGGACAAACACACUAAGCUGUGAAAGAUGAAAUUAUAAAAAUAACUGUCCUAAUUGAAGCAAUCCUUAUUCCAUUUGAGUCUGUACUAUAACCCCCAAAAAUGUGAGAGAAAAUUUAUUGAAAGUGUUUUCAGUAUGUAGAUUAUUCUGUUUGUAAAAUAUUUGAUAUUUAUGUCAAUAGGGUUUUUUUUGUUAA